AGCUCCUAAUGCUAAAGGAGACAGGAAAAACACCGCGCCGAGGCCACUUACCGAGCCGAGGAACCUAGAUUCCCGCCGCUCUGCUCGCCCGAACGGUCUGUCCACGCACCCCAAGGCUGCACCCAGCACCCCAAAGUCGAGACGUGCAGGAAUAUGGUUAACUGGCCGGGAGACCCUCCAAGUUGCUCCGGGCUCCCGGGAGCUUCAACGUCCAGGACACAACUUGGCCAAGACUUGUGCCACAGUCACCGAAGAUGUUCCUGUGGAGACCCUCCUCCGGCGGGGAGAGACAGCGCUCGGCGGCGCCCCGCUCGCCUCCUCUCCACCCCCUCACCUCCAGCCCACCUCCCGCCGGCCGCCAGCCUCCGGGCCGCGAGCCCCUCGGGCGGCUGUCAGCUCCCGGCCGCCGCCGGGUGACAGGGGCGGGAGGAGGGCGCGACGCGGCGGCCCGAGCCCAAGCGGGCGAGGGGGAUCCUCGCAGCAGCAGCGGCGGCCGCUCACCUGGAAAGUCACCGCUGAGAAGAAGGAGGAGGAGGACGAAAACUUCUGUAGUCAAAACCAAAACUGGCAUUGGUAAACUGUGCACUCAGCCCUAAGGAGAUCUAUGGAAAGUGAGGCUGGCUGGAGCAUAGCUGACCCCAUCUAGGCACCCAUAUGGAGCAUCACAACAAGGUGUCAUCCAGCCUCUGAAAGACAAGGAAUUAACACAUCGGACUUCCUCAAUGGGCCAGAUGCUAAUGGGCCAGAAGAUGGAGGAAAAGCAUCGAAAAUUGCCAAUAAGGGAGAAGUUCCUUAAUUCCACGUUUUCCACAAAGAUUCCUUUGACAAAGUUGACUCUUAAAAAGAAGA